AUGGAUAUUAAACGCGCCCAGGAUUUCGAGGUUUCUAAAGAGAGCGUGUCUGAAUUGUUGAAACUAUCUGUUGAAUCUACACGACGUGAUUUAAAGGCAAAAGACCUCUUGCUACUCGGCAGGAAAAGGUCUCGACCAACGGACGAGUGCAAAGACGGCGAACUUAUCAGGAAACGUUCAAAAAAGAAAACGUGCGUUACCGCGAGUCUAGCGUUUCAAAUGGAACCCUCCGCAGUGGCGAGGAGAAACGAGCGCGAGCGAAACAGAGUUCGAAUGGUGAACGACGGAUUUUCGUGCCUCCGACAGCAUAUUCCUUAUUUCCCAGACAAAAAGAAACUGUCCAAAGUAGAGACUCUACGGUCUGCAGUGGCUUAUAUAAAACAUCUACAAGAUCUUAUAACUGAACACGAUUCCAUGACGGCCGAAUCGGUGGCGAACACGGAAAACGAGUGCAAAAACAUGACAACAUGGGUUGCGGGACAGACAUGA